CAGGGGCUCAGGUCUCCAACAACAGAACCAAAGCCACUCAGCAACGCUGGAACCCAUUUGAGGGGCCUGGGGCCCCUUGUCCCAAGCCAGGAGGGCUUUGGGGGAGGGGUGCAGCCCCUGGCAGACUCACAGUGUGGCCAAAGGGGCGGGGGGGUGCCAGGGAGGUGGGGGCCAGCCUUAUCGGAGGGGGCACAAGUGCAGUUCUCUUUCCCCCAUUGGGGGGUCUGCGGGGCCAGAGGCGGCGGCGAGGCAGGAGGCCUAGACGGCGGCAGAGCCUGUGGUGCGGGGGUCUCUGCAGGUUGGUUUGUGGCAACAGGGGUACCAUGGCCACCAUUCAAUCGGAGACUGACUGUUACGACAUCAUUGAGGUGCUGGGCAAGGGCACAUUUGGGGAGGUCGCCAAGGGGUGGCGGCGAAGCACGGGAGAGAUGGUGGCCAUCAAGAUCCUCAAGAACGAUGCCUACCGCAAUCGCAUCAUCAAGAACGAGCUGAAGCUGCUGCGCUGCAUGCGGGGCCUGGACCCGGAGGAGGCCCACAUCAUCCGCUUCCUUGAGUUCUUCCAUGAUGCCCUCAAGUUCUACCUGGUCUUCGAGCUGCUGGAGCAAAACCUUUUUGAGUUCCAGAAGGAGAACAACUUUGCGCCCCUUCCUGCCCGUCACAUCCGCACGGUCACUCUCCAGGUGCUCAGAGCCCUGGCCCGGCUCAAGGAGCUAGCCAUCAUCCACGCAGACCUAAAGCCUGAGAACAUCAUGCUGGUGGACCAGACCCGCUGCCCCUUCAGAGUCAAGGUGAUUGACUUUGGCUCCGCCAGCAUCUUUAGUGAGGUGCGCUACGUGAAGGAGCCUUACAUCCAGUCGCGUUUCUACCGGGCCCCUGAGAUCCUGCUUGGGCUGCCCUUCUGUGAGAAGGUGGAUGUGUGGUCCUUGGGCUGCGUCAUGGCCGAGCUGCACCUGGGAUGGCCCCUCUACCCAGGCAACAAUGAGUAUGACCAGGUGCGCUACAUCUGUGAGACCCAGGGCCUGCCCAAGCCACAUCUGCUGCAUGCUGCCCGCAAGGCCCACCACUUCUUUAAGCGCAACCCCCACCCUGACGCCACCAACCUUUGGCAGCUCAAGUCCUCAGCUGACUACCUGGCUGAGACCAAGGUGCGUCCACUGGAGCGCCGCAAGUACAUGCUCAAGUCACUGGACCAGAUUGAGACAGUGAACGGUGGUGGGGCAGCCAGUCGGCUGAGCUUCCCGGACCGAGAGGCUCUGGCUGAGCAUGCGGACCUCAAGAGCAUGGUGGAGCUGAUCAAGCGCAUGCUGACCUGGGAGUCGCACGAACGCAUCAGCCCCAGUGCAGCCUUGCGCCAUCCCUUCGUGUCCAUGCAGCAGCUGCGCAGUGCCCACGAGACCACCCGCUACUACCAGCUCUCACUGCGUGGCUACCGCCUCUCACUGCAGGUGGAGGGCAAACCUGUUGUGUCCGCCACAGAAGACGGGCCCCCCUACUAUCGCCUAGCUGAGGAGGAGGAGGCGGUGGGCAUGGGCAGCGUGGCGGGCAAUGGGUCCUUUUUCCGAGAGGAGAAGGCACCAGGUGUGCAGAGGACCAUCGACCAGCUGGAUGACCUGAGUCUGCAGGAGGCAGGCCGGGGAUUGUGGGGGGAGACCCGCACCGAUGUGGUCUCCGACAUGCUGACCCCACUUAAGGCAGCUGUCAUUGGCCGCCGGGUGCCAGAUUCAGGGCCUGAGCCCAUCCUGGCUUUCUAUGGUAGUCGCCUGGUAGGACGCCACAAGGCCCGCAAGCUACCUGCAAGUUCCAAGUCUGACUCCAACUUUAGCAACCUCAUCCGGCUGAGCCAGGCCUCUCCUGAGGAUGAUGGGCCCUGCCGUCGCACAGGCUGGGAGGAUGGAGAGCGUCGCGGGGCCUCUGCUGAGCCACCGGCCAUCCCAAAGCGGGAUGGGGAUGGACCCAACAUCAAGGACAUGUCCAUGGAUGCUGAGAGGCCAGGCCCUGAGCUCUUCGACCCCAGCAGCUGUCCUGGAGAAUGGCUGAGUGAGCCAGACUGGACCCUGGAGGGUGUCAGGGGGCCACGGGCUCAGGGACUCCCAUCCCGCCACCCCCACCCGCACGGUCCUUCCCGGACCACCAGCUUUCUGCAGCAUGUUGGCGGACACCACUGAUGGCGAUCUCACCCUUGCCUAUCACUGGGGGCUGUGCUAGCUCAGCUGCUAUCCCUCCCAACAUGAACUGCUCCUCGAGCCAUCCCUGAACCCACAAAUUAUUCUUACAGAAAGAUAGUUAUCCAGAAAUUCCACUCCCUCUAUCCGCAGCACACGGCUGCACAUACACCCCAAACAUAGGAGGGUGUUGGGGUCUGUCACUUGGCCCCUCGGCCAGACAUACAGCAGGAAGGGGACCGCACCCCACUGGCCCUGAGCCCGCCCUCGGCCCUGCUGCCUCUAUUUCAAUAAAGAACUGUUCGGCA